CUAUCCAUAUCUAAUCCAUCCGCCCAAAACUGAGACUGUGACAGAGGGGUUUGAGCUUCUUCAUCUCCGCCAUGGCGAACGCCGCUAGCUGCUUAUCCUCCUCGUCGUUGUCUUCUUCCUCAAGGAUCCUCGGGCAGAAAUUUCAUAAUUGUUUUCCAUUGAAACAGCUGCAUUCUUUGCCUUCAUCCAUCCACUUUGACCACUGGAAACUCUCCCGCUUGGUUUUCGUUGCUCCUCCCAUGCCAUGUGUUUCUUCAUCUUCUUCAUGCUCUCCUCGUUUCUUGAGGCAUAAACACGGGGCUAGAUUUCCAGUGAUUUUCACUGUUCUUGAUCAGGAAGCUGCGAUAACAGCAGAGGUAAUCGAGGAAGACGGUGUUAAGAGCGAAGACAGCGUUUCGAAUCAGGAAGUGAAAAAUCUGGCACGGCCUUGUGAGCUCUACGUGUGUAAUUUACCGAGGAGUUGCGACAUUGCAGAGUUGGUUGAGAUGUUUAAACCGUUUGGUACAGUCUUGGCUGCUGAGGUCUCUCGGAAUCCAGAGACAGGCAUAAGCAAGGGAUGUGGCUAUGUCACAAUGGGUUCAAUAAACUCCGCUAAAGUUUCAAUUACGGCAUUAGAUUGUUCUGAUGUUGGUGGACGAGAAAUGCGCGUUAGAUUUGCUGUUGAUAUGAAUCCCAAAAUGAGAAAUCGCAAUAACCUGCAUUCAUCACCCAGGAAGAACAUAAUUUAUGAAAGUCCUUACAAAAUCUAUAUUGGGAAUCUUGCUUGGGAUGUCAAACCUGAAGAUCUGAGGAACCUUUUUAGCCAAUUUGGAACUGUAGUCAGUGCAAAAAUUUUGAAUGAUCGUAGAGCUGGGAAGAGUCGUCUUUACGGUUUUCUUUCUUUCUCUUCAGCUGCAGAGCGUGAUGCAGCAAUUUCUUUGAAUGGAACAGAGUUCAAGAACAGGAAACUCAUUGUUAAAGAGGGUUUGGAAAGGAACGAGUCUUGACUGCAGCCCUUCUUCUUGAACAAGUAAAAGAAGAAAUCUCAUCUUGUUUAAAUGUUCUUAAUCAGUUACAAGUUUGAUUUUUAGCUAAAUUAUUAGAAGGAUCAAGUUACCUAUCCUUGUGAGAUCUGCAUUGAGAAUCUUACAAAGUUUUGCUUUGAGGGUAUUAGAAUCUUUGAUAAGGAAUACUCUAAACUGAUCUUGAUUUACUUAGCCUUUCUACUGGGAA